UUUAUUUUUGCAGAUUGCAACUUCGUAGUGCAUGAUCGCUGCCUCAAGAACGUGGUUUCCCCGUGCUCGAGUGUCUCCGCCAGCCAGAUCAAGAAUCCAGUCGCUCAUUGUUGGUCGGAACCAUUCCAUCACAAGAGGAAAUACUGCAAUGUUUGUAGAAAAAGGUUAAUGGAUGAUGUCGAUUCCAUUCACUGUGAAAUAUGCGACUACUUUGUGCACAUUGAAUGCCAGGAUUUUGCUGUGGCUGACUGCAUGGAGAACGCGACGUAUCUUCCGGGGAAGCAGUUGGUGUACGUUCACCAUCAACACCACUGGCGGGAAGGGAACUUGCCAACAAACUCCAAAUGUGCCCUCUGCAAGAAAACCUGCUCGUCCAUCGAGUGCCUUUCCGGCUAUCGAUGCGAAUGGUGCGGAAUGACUUGCCACGCGGUUUGUCAUAAUGGUAUAUCAAGCGAGUGUACAUUUGGCAUAUUGGAGCCGAUUUACCUGCCACCACAUGCUGUAAGCAUCCCGCGGACGGAGGUACCCAUGGAGGCAAUUAUCGGAGUACAAGUCAGAAGAAAGGAUACAUUGUCUCUCAACGGUGCCGAAAGAAGGACUGCUUUAACCGGGGUCAUAACGCGUCUGUCCAUUUUGUUGCCCAAUUCUUGCCAGGGCAAAACCCACCCCGUUUCCCCUUAUUUUGGAGCACGGAGUACCUCUGAAGAAUUCAGCAGCGGAGAUGCCAGCCGGUCUAGGGAUUCUGAGGACUAUGCACAAACUCAUUUACCUGGUAAAGAGAGGCAGGACAAGCAGAACAAGGAUAAGGAGGAUAGAGACGAAGAGGUUGUAAAAGUGUAUGACGGCAACAACUCGGUGCGAAGAAAGAUAUUUAGGACUAUCGUAGUUCCCAGACAAGCUACAUUAAAAACUGUUUUAACUCAGGCAUUAAGGUCUUUCCACAUAACCAAGGAUGCCAGUUCGUUUCAUCUAACCGAUCUUUACGCGCCCGACGAAACGGUUUUGCAGGAUCCCACACCAAUUCUAAAUCUUCACAGAAAAGAAGGCAAACGACCGGCUGUGUACCUCAGGUUCAAAGACCGUGACAAUGACAAAGGCGAAGUGAGGGUGUACCCAGGAAAAUUACAGGUCUCUCAGGCUUUUUGCACGGUGCCUGUCGAUUCGGAUACCAAAGUCAGCGAUCUCAUUCGUGAAGCGCUUAAAAGAUUCGACUUGGAAGGUUACAACAGCGAGGACUAUCGGUGUAGUGAAGUUCUGCUGGAUCGAGGAGUUACUGAAAGAGUACUUUCAUGGGACGAAAGGCCAUGGGAGAUCAUGAAGCAACUGGGUAAAGACAGUAUCAGACAAAUGGAGCUGAUGCGUUUCUAUCUACAGCUGAAGCAGGAUCCUCACGGGCCAAAUUUAGCUUUGUUUGUGGGAAACUUGCCACCAAAUCUAUCGGAAAGAAACUAUGAAAACAUUCUGACCGAAUUUCUAGGAAAAGAAAACAAGUUUUCCAAAAUUGGUCCGAUUUACUACGAAUAUGGAUCAAUGGUCAUAACGUACGAAGAUUCGGAUAAGGCUGUCAGAGCUCUAUACACUUUGCGUGAAUCUAAAUAUGAAGACAAACAACCUUUACUUGUGAUGCUUUUGCCAAAUAUAGAACCUUCGAUGAUACCUCAGGGAGUGCAACCACUGUUAGUUUUUGUAAAUGUAAAAUCGGGCGGUUGCCAGGGAUUGGAGCUGAUAUCGAGCUUUAGAAAGUUGUUGAAUCCCUAUCAAGUGUUUGACUUGGACAAUGGUGGACCGUUGCCAGGUCUAUAUGUGUUUAGAAACAUUCAGAACUAUAAAAUACUCGUUUGUGGCGGGGACGGUACGAUCGGUUGGGUGCUUCAAUGUCUAGACAAUGUCGGUCAGGACUCUCAGUGUUCGUCGCCUGCUUGUGCUAUUGUACCUCUAGGAACAGGUAACGAUUUGGCCCGCGUAUUGCGGUGGGGUCCCGGAUAUACCGGAGGCGAGGAUCCGCUGAACCUCCUCCGGGACGUGAUCGAUGCCGAAGAGAUCCGUCUGGACCGGUGGACGGUGGUGUUCCAUCCGGAGGACAAAGCGGACGAUAGCGUCAAGCAGGUCAACUCCACCGGUAAGAAGAGGCAAAAACUGUCCAAAAUGAAAGUGACCAAUGAGCAAAUUAGAAAAGCAGUUGUAGCAGGUUCGACGAGCGAGGACAAUUCGCAAAUAUUCGUGAUGAACAACUACUUCGGCAUCGGCAUCGAUGCGGACCUGUGCCUCGAUUUUCACAACGCUCGCGAAGAAAACCCCGGCAAGUUCAUCAGCCGGCUGCACAACAAGAGCGUCUACGUGAAGAUGGGCCUUAGGAAGAUGGUCGGGCCAAAGAUGUGCAAGGAUUUGCACAAGGAAGUCAGGCUGGAAGUCGAUGGGAAACUCGUCGAACUACCUCAAGUCGAAGGCAUCAUUAUUCUAAAUAUCUUAAGUUGGGGUUCUGGUGCGAACCCUUGGGGCGUUGAGAAAGAUGAUCAAUUCUCAAAGCCCAAUCAUUGGGACGGUAUGUUGGAAGUGGUCGGUGUUACCGGUGUGGUGCAUUUAGGUCAAAUCCAGUCUGGAUUAAGAUCUGCCAUGAGGAUUGCACAAGGCGGCCACAUAAAAAUUCAUCUAAAUUCCGACAUUCCCGUUCAAGUGGACGGCGAACCAUGGGUUCAAAGUGCAUGCGACGUUGUGGUACUUAAAUCAGCGUUAAAGGCCACGAUGUUAAAGAAAAUGAAGGGUAAAAUGAAGAGGCGCAAUACGGAACCCACGAUGCUGGUGUCGCCGGGAGCGCAGUUGGCACCCCUGCCAUCAAACGAUGGCGAAUCACCAACAGAUCCAAACAACACCACGUUUUAA